AUUCAAGAAAGCAGCAUCGAACUUGCUAGUUAUUUGCUUAACCACAUUGAUAGAAAGGGGCAAGAAAAUCGAUUUCAAACAAAAAAGAAAGUCUCACAACUUGGUGCGUCAGUGUCCGCCAUAUUGUCGAAGGUAUGGUUACAACCAAAACAAGUCUCUGCGAACCAUUCCUACUAUAUAUUUUCAUACAAGGAGAGGAAAUCAGAAUGAUAUUUGAAUAUGGAUACAACUAUGACUAGAGUAAACUACAGGUGCUAGGAAUAUAGAGUUGCUUGAAAUGCUUGGUUGGGUGCGUCUUGCAUGAAAUGAUGGACUAUAGCAACGAUCAAUAUCCGUACAGCAAUGAGAAGAAACGCGUGAGUGUUGGCCUAGGGGUGCCUCCCGGUGAUGACAUGGCUGGAGUGGAAAAGGCGUCACCAAGGGCUGCAAUGAACACCCCCUUUCAAGAUGUUGAGCCUCCGAAGCGGGUGACCUAUGGGAGCAUCUUCACUGACUUCGCGGACUCGACCACCGCCCAUGGCCUACCGCGUGUCAUCAGCGAGGCCAAGUGGUACUGGAAGAUCUUCUGGCUGCUGGUCUUUUCCGGUGCUACAUAUAUCUUCUGCAGACAGGCCUGGGAUAUCCUCACGGACUAUCGAGGCAACCCCGUCAACACCAACAUCAGGAUCCAAACCAGGACCUAUGUUAGAUUUCCAGCUGUCACGGUCUGUAACAUGAACCGGAUGCGCAGGUCCAGGCUUGUCGGGACUAGGUUUGAAGGGCUGGUAGAAAUCGACGGAGGCUUCCAGGACGACGGAGACAGCGCCUACUCAUGGUGGUUCGAUUUCUCUUCCGACUUCUGGAAUACUUGGUACUCGUCCGGCUAUACCUGGGGAGAAUACGGAUCCAGUUUCAGCUCCAGCGUUGGCCCUGGGCGGAAGAAGCGGGCCCUGCCCUACGAUAACCUCUUCGAGGACUUUGAGAUGGUCCCCGACAUGGCUGAGGAGGACUUCGACAUCGAACCGAACCUCGAGUUCAAGGGCGCACGGCAGCUCAUCCACGGGAAACGCGUGGCACGUGCAGGAGGGUCCUCGAGUUGGUGGACCACCAGCAGCAGUUGGGGAGGAGGAUUGAGUUCUUCUUUCACAUGGGGGACAAGCUCCUCCUGGGGAUGGGGUGGCGGUGGCGGUGGUUACUACUCCUCCAGCUCCUACUGGAAUUACUGGUUUGAUGACUGGGACAGUUGGGGCAGCGACUUGUUCGGCAGUUUCCAGUUUGAGUUUGAUGAUUACUAUGAUUGGGCCGAUUUGGUGCAGGGCGAGAGUGAUUGGCAGGGGUUCUAUGAUAACUCCAGAAGUGAGGAUUUCAGUGACAUCAUAGAUGUAGCCAACCCGACCAAAGAUGAACUGGAAGAACUUGGUCAUCAGCCCGAGGAUUUCAUUCUCCAGUGUACUUUCGAUAAGAGGAAUUGUAAUUACACCGACUUCGAAAUGUUCCAAAACAGAGUGUACGGAAACUGUUUCACCUACAAUCACGGCAGAGACAAUACAACAAUCAUUGAGACCACCAAAUCAGGAUCUGCAUAUGGUCUUCACUUGACUCUUUUUAUCGAGCAGCCGGAGUAUGUUGGUAUCUUUUCACAGGAAUCAGGGGUGAGGGUAGCUAUCCAUGACCCUGCCGUAUUCCCUCUACCAGAAGACGAUGGUAUCACUGCUCCUACAGGGAGAGCUACAUCCAUUGGUAUCCGCCAGAAUCUCAUCAGCAGACAAGGAGGAAAGUACGGUAACUGCACCGAGGAUGGAGCCGAGACCCCUUACCAACCCGCGAGCGGCUACUCCUACUCCACCCUCGCGUGCAAGCGACAAUGUCUCUUGGAUGAGAUGUACGACAGGUGCGGCUGCGUCAAUGACAUCGUCGAAGACGAUAUCGUUCAGUGCAGUUUCUUCAAUUCCACCCAACAGCGUUGUCGUCAACUGAUACAAUCUUUGAAUGAUGAGGGAAAGUUGGAUUGUUACUGUCCCAAUGCCUGCAUGGAAAUGAACUACCUUACCUCAACGUCUACGUCACUCUGGCCAUCUGAAAGAUACGAGCAACAUCUUUACACGAGGGUAGCCGAGAAGAAUGAUAUUGCGGCUCGUAUUCUCCAGAAUGUAGAAUCUACAAGGAAAAACCUAGCCCGUGUCCGAAUCUACUUUGAAGAGUUGAAUUUCCAGUCAAUAGAAGAGAUUCCCGCAUACACGUUUGGAUCAUUCCUUGGUGCUGUUGGUGGUCUCCUCGGUCUCUACAUCGGUUUCUCUGUCGUCACCAUCUCCGAGAUCAUCCUCCUUUUACUCUUCCUCAUCAAACAUACUUUCUGUGGGGCCUUCUGUAGCAAUAAGGUUCAACCCGUUAACACAUGAGCGUCGGAGACUUUGACCUACCACACAUGCAUGUGGUCACACUGUCGUACUACUAUUAUGAUGAUAGCAUAUAUUUCAAAAUCAGAUUCGUAUCAUGCAUGGGGGGUGAACGUGCAAAUCAAAAUCAAAAUUUAUAGUCAAUUCGGUAUUUUUACAUGAUUACUGACAAAUCGAGGGGGCUCCCCCCGUUCUGCUACCCAUGAUACACAUGUGAAAAUGAAUAUUAAAACAUUUCUAUUAAUCGGCAAAGAGCUGCACAGGUUCUUGGGACAGCAAAUGAACAUAACUUAUCACCUUAUCGUUUGCUUGAGGGAGUAAGAAAAAAUUACCUAUAAUUGAGUGUGUAUUAUAAUUGAAUGUGAAUAUGGAGAGUAGAUCAGAUAAGUAUCUCGCCGGGGUCUACAGCAUUGAGGUAUAUUCAAAAUUGAAGUCAUUUACAUUUGAGGUUUUGUGUUUUAUAGGAUUAUGUCCUUUUAUUUUGUGCUUGCCUGAGAACGCAAUACCUGCCAUUUGGAAUAUGAUAAAAUCCUACCGGGUACAUCAAUGUUUGGCAUGUUAGGGGCGAUUUAUUAAAAUGCUGAAAUCGAUUAGAGACGAAAUGAAAAAUCAAGGUUCGGAUCAAUCCUUAGCGCAAUGGUAAAUUCAUUUUAAUUCAAUUCAAUUUAUUUGGCAAAUAAUACAAUAAAAAUACAAAGAAAAUACAGAUACAUGUACAUAUAAAUGAACCAGGACCUCUUAAAACAGCCUGUGCUUGAGGCCCUAAAAGUAUGAUUAUGAAAUGCAAUAAAAUACGAAAAAGGACAUCAAUGAUAAAUAAACAAUUAAGCAUCACAAGCUAAAUGCCUAAACACUAAAUUUUUUUUUUGUUUUGAAUAAUAUUUUAUUUUCUUCCUCUUUCAAAUCAAGUUUACAAUCACAAUUCAUAGAUUCUUUGCAUGUAUACAAUGUACAAUCAAUAAACAAUCAAACAAAUAAAUAUAUCAAUAUCAAUGAGAUUACAAAUAUUUUGAAAUGAUUACAAAUUACAAAUAAAAUUAAAACUGCCAAGUUUUUCUUCUAUAACAUUGUGAAAGCAGAGAAAAAAAAAAAAACCCAUCUCAAUCGACAAAAAAAAAAAUACUUUGCAAAAGAUGACUUUUUCCCUGAAUAGAAAAUAAAUCUCUUUUGAACAUAUUAAUUGUACAAGAAAUAGAUAAAAAAAAAAGGGAUAAAAUAUUUCAAAGGUUAAUUAGAGGAAGAUUAUUAUCCUAAAAAAAACGUCACUACACACUCACCUUACCCCCAUAUCCCCUCCUCCCCCCUCAUCUCUCUCCCCAGACACUCACACAAGCUCACUUCAAACGCACAACCACCCACAGCUCCCCCCCCCCCCCCUCUUCCCCAUCACAGAACUCACACAUCCAUCUACACACGUACACCCACACACGAUGCAUCCUGCUCUGGUGUAACUAUUUGUAUUUGAACAAAUAAACAAAACAAAACAGAAACAAAAUGAAGCAACCAAUACAUCCAUUAGUAUUAAGAAAGGUGUGCAUUGAUUUGUUCCCAUUUUCUUAAGUGCAUCCCCAGCUUCCCCUUUUUAAACGCUAUUUGAUAUUCCGUAUCUCUAUACUCUUUAACCAAAUGUGCCACUUUCUGUACGGUUGGCAAUAUUCCCUGUUUUCUUGAACUAAAAAUAAUAUACUUGAUUAAGAAUACAAUGCAGUUUAUUAAAGUUACUCUUGUAGUAUUUCCAGAUAUCCCCAUGAAAAUUGUUUUCCAAUUGUCACUGCCAAGUUCAUUCAGUUGAAAUAUUUUACUCAUCUCUUCCCAUAAUCGCUUAACUUCAGGACAAUAAAAAAAUAAAUGUUGGUAAGACUCAACUUCUUUUUUACAAAAGGAGCACAAAUUAUCUGUCUCAAAACCAAAUUUAAAAAGUUCCCUUUUCGUGUACACAGCCCCUUGUAAUUGUUUGUACUGAAAUUCUCUGUGUUUAUUGCAUAGCAUUGCACAUUUCAGUCUCAGAAAUACUUCUUUCAGUUCCCCCAUUCCCAAAUCAUAUUCGGAUUGCCCAUCUGUAACAUGAAAUACAUAAUCAAUUUGAAAAUUUUCAAUGAAGUAGUCAUAUAUUCGUCUAGAUUUUAUAUCACAUAGUUUCUGAACAUGCCCACGUAUCAUCAAUUGAAUUUCAAAGUUAUCUGUAUCCAUUUCCAUAAAAUCACCUUGUAUCCACUCUUCUGUUAUUACUGAAAAUAUCUUUUGAAUUUUGAGCAAGUUUUCAGAUGAAAAUGUUUGAUUAUACCAGUAUGAAACUGGUCUUAAUUGACCUCCAACUAUUAUAUCCGAGACCUUAACUAUACCUUUCUGAAAUAAUUCAAUAUCAAAAAAGGUCUUAUUAUUGAGGCAUAUACGCUUGUUAUUAAAAAUAAUGGGAUUACUUUUCCCUCCAAAAUGUCUACACUUAUCCAAUUCGUGCCAUGCCUUCAGCAUAUUUAUGUAAAAUAAUGGUAUACCUUUCAAAUUCAUUCUAAUAGUAUCAUAAUCACACAAAAAUAUGAUUCGACCGCCUAAGGAGCUAAAAAAAUAUUCGAAGGUUGCUUUCCAACCCGAACUUUUCCCUCCAUCUAGUAAACGUUUAAUCCACAUUAUUCGUUGGGUCUUAACAAAUACCUCAAAAUUUGGAGCUCUCAGUCCUCCAACAGAAUAGUCUUGAUAUAGAACCUUGCGUUUUAUUCUAUCUCUUCCUCCCC